AUGACGAGGACGACGAGGAGUACUAAAGAUGACAUCGUCCUCGAAAAACCUUCAAACGACGACGACGAGGAAGAGGAGGAAAACAAAGAGGGCUUACUUCGAUUGACCUUCCAAAUCUGGCGACACCAGGCGGAAACCGAGAAGCAAACGCAACUGUUACACAUCGUUUUGGAGAAGAAACAGAUGGAACUGUUGAAAUUUUCCUUGCACAGGCGAGCGCUGAGGUACCAACGCGCGUGUUUUACUAGGUGGCGAGAAGAAGUGGAAAGGACGAAAAUACAGAAUAAACGAUUGAAAUCGAAAGUGGAAGGGUUACGGCUGAGAUAUUUGAGAGCGGCGUUCGAUCGGUGGAGGAAAGAAAGGAUGAGCGGGAAACGGUUGAAGGAACGGUUGGCGCGGGCGACGAGUCGGAGAGCGAUGAAGUUGCAACGAGAGAUGUUUGAGAGAUGGCGGAUGGAAGCGAGGGAGAAGAGGAAGGAGAGAGAAGAGAGUAGAGAUGUGGAGAGAGAGGUGAAAGAGUUGAACGAGCGGAUGGAGGCACUGCAAAAGCAAUUUGAGAAAGAGAAAGAGCAAUGGAAGGAAGAGGAGACGCGGAUAGCGAACGCGCACGAGGCAAAGUUGGAGGAGUUUACGAAAGCGAACGAAAACGAGAAAUUGAGAGUGGCGACGGAACGCGCGAGUCGAGACGCGGAGACGAAACAGAAAUUUGAAGCGGAGAUUGCGCUUUUGAAGUUGAAGGAGGAACAAGGGAGGAAGAGGUACGAAGAGAGAAAGGAGAGGUUGAUCGAACGCGCGGUUGGAGCGAUGGAGAAGGAAAAGAAGGAGCGGUUAGCGCGGAAAUUUUUUACGAAAUGGAGAAAACAAACGAUGGAAGCGAAACGAUGGAAGCGAACGUUGCGGUUUUUAUUGCUCAAGAAACGAAGAAGCGUGAUUGAGAGCACGUUUCGAGAGUGGAAAGAAGCCACGGAAACGAGUCGAGAGGAACGGGAAAAGGAUCGAGCGUUGGAACGCCGUCUGGAAAAUCACAUUCGAGCGAAACGGUUUCGGAUGCAAAAACGAAUCUUUGAAGACGUUUUUGUCAGAGAACAUGAGAGAGGGAAAAGCAACGAGAGGAAAGCGGCUGCUUUUAGAAACUCGCAGUUGCAAGAGAAAGCGUUCGAACAGAUGCGAACGUACGCUAAGCGUUCGAAGAUUGUUACCAACUUACAGGCGCGAGCGAUAUCGCGCAUGUCCUCCAAGAAAGUUGCCAAAGCGUUUUAUAUUUGGCGAAACGAAACCCGAACGCAAGGAGUAGAGAAUCCAAGGAAAGCUGAGGUGCAUUUUGAAACGAAAGUGAAACCAGAACUGCUAAAGCGAACGUUUUCACAGUGGAAGAUGGUUUCGGACGUGGAAAAACGGUUCCGAAUGCUCGAAAACGACGCCAUGCAAAAAUAUGAUUCGAAAAUACUCAAGGAAACGCUUCAGUUUUGGCAUAAAAAAACGGUCGCGCGCCGUAAAGCGUUGAGUCAAGAACGUAAGUUAGACCGCGCGAUCAUGUUUCGCGAACGUUCGAAAAUGCGCGAGGUAUUCAGAGCGUGGCGAACCUUAGCCGUUUCGGAAAAGAAACGCGACGAAACGUUGGUGAGAACGUUAAAGACGAAAAAGCACUACGAGCGACAUUUUGCGCAACCGUUUGCAAAUUGGAAAGCACUCACGGAAAAAAGACGGUCGUUUACGUUACGAAGAGAGGAAAAGCAUCGUGCUAAAGUUUUACGAGCCGUAUUUAUGUCUUGGAAACGCUCAGCCGAAGACAGUAGAAAUCGAUUGGCGCUGACGGAGAAGUUUAUCGCGCAGAAAUAUCGAAAGCAACAGACGCAAUUAAGAAGAGACUGCUUAUUGGCAUGGAACACGCACGUGCAAAUGUUGAAGCAAACUAGAAUAGAGCAAAUGAAACGCGCAGUCGUGGAACGUGCGAUUGCGGACGAAUCCGAGACGCAUUUCGGGACGCCGGAAGGCAUCGCCAUCGUUCAAGCCGCGAAACGUUUUCAGAGACGAAACUUUCUCGAACGCGUCUCGAGUGUGGUGUUUCAAAGAUGGCGCGAGGAAAGCGCGAAGAGAAACGGGGUGCUGUUGGCGCUAAAAUCCGCGUUUAUUGAAGAAAACGAUGCGAGACGAUUGCGCGCAGCCUUUCGCGUUUGGAGACAACGCGCGAUGGAGAUGAAGGCAAAAAGCGCGUGGCAAUCCAGCAGAACGCCAGCUAUCGCAGCUUCGAUGUCUCCACUGAAGAAAAAAACAUCAGCAAAGGAUGAAAGAAAUAGUCCUAAAUCAACCGCGAGUUCAUGGGAUUUCGAUGUCGACUUCGAGCAAAACGCAAGAAAUUUGAAAUUGACGAACACAACAUUCAAGUCGAUGUCGAGAAAGGCGACUGGCACGUUUUUUGGCGCCGAUAACACGAACAAUAGGAAUGGUCGCGACGAGAAUACUAACACAAAUAAUAGUAGCAGCAAUGAAAGGGAGUGCGACGAGAACGUCGUCUCAGUACGCCACGCCGAGGAAAGACGCUUCUUCUUCGACGGUACCGACGACGCGCGAAUCCAGAGAGUUUAA